GUUUCAAGAUGGCAACCGACGAUGAUAUCAUUCGGAAGAGGCUGUUGAUUGAUGGAGAAGGUGCGGGUGAUGAUCGCAGAAUUACCGCGCUUUUGAAGACAUUUCUGAAAUGGUGUAAUUCUACUGGCGAGGAGGAAGACAAUGAUGCCACAUAUCAGAAAAUGCUUAUUCAACUGGCUCAGUGUGAAUUUGCUAUUGGUAAAACACAGACUGUCUAUGAAAUGAAUGAGCUGGAAACUGAAAACUAUGAGAAGAUUUAUAGUGAAAUAGAGCAGAGUAUUUCACAUGCCUAUGAGGAAAUUGCAUCCUGCAAGACUGAGCUGCAGAAAGCAAAGAGGAUACGAAGAAACAGACAAGAAUAUGAUGCACUUGCUAAGGUUAUCACCCAACAUCCAGAGAGGCAAGAAACUCUCAAACAAAUUGAAGAACUAGAUAAAGAACUCAAUUCUCUGACAAGCACUAAAGAAAGUCUUUUAUCCAAGCUUGAACUGCGACAGAAACAGUUCCAUCUUCUCAUCAACACAAUUCACGAGUUACAACGGAUGCUAGAAGAAGACAAAACUGAUACAGAUGAACCUUCCUCUACCACUGAAGCUUCUGCAAUGGACACCAGCUAAUUUCUGUUGAUUUAUGUCUAGCCUGUGUAGCUGGUAGAUUUGUAUCAGUUUAGGGGAUGAGCAACUAUACAGACUAAUUUAUGUUGAAUGCUUUUUGUACAUAAUGCUUAAUAAACCAUUAAAGAAAAGGGAAAUGUAA